AUGGCAUCGAAGAAUUCGCCUGGGUCCAUGCUCUCUGUUACAUCCGCACAGCAGAUGUUUCAUGCCGUGCCCUACCACGCCUACUCCAUCUGGCUGUUCACCUUUAGCGACCUCAAGACCAUUGUGUUUCCCGAGACUCUCUUCGGGCUGCUGACCGCGCUCUCCCAGACCGCAGCCGGUCCGACGGCCACCGGAAGCGCCGCCGGGAUCACCAAGCUCGACAUCAUCCAGCGCUCUCCCCUUGUGCUGCUGUGGGUUUGGAUCAACCUGCUGCCCUUUGCUAUCAACAACCAGCGGCGGCCCGAAGCCAUCGCCGAGGAUGCUAUCAACAAGCCAUGGCGCACCAUGCCGACUGGACGGUGGAGUCAGACCCAGGCCAAGAACAUAAUGGCCUUCCUCUAUGUCGUGGCUGUUGUUUUCAGUUGGAGGAUGGGCGGCCUGCGCUCUAGCUUAGCCCUCAUAGGCUUGGGAUUCUGGUAUAACGACGGGGGAGGCGCCGACGUGCACGCACUGGUCCGCAAUCUGAUCAAUGCCUUGGGGUUCACGUCUUUCGGGACAGGUGCGCUGGAGAUGGCCCUGAACCGCCGGAUGCGCUUUGAGCCGGCGGCCCUCAUGGACAUGGGUACCCCCAGCCUCGAGAAGUGGCUGAUCGUCGUCGCCGCCAUCGUGUUCACCACGGUCCACACACAGGACAUGUACGACCAGGAGGGCGACGCCCAGCGCGGCCGUCUGACCGUGCCGCUCCAGAUGGGCGAAACCACGGCAAGAUGGGCGAUAGGUGUAUUCAUGCCGUGCUGGGGCCUGUUCUGCCCGUAUUUCUGGCAGUGCGGCUGGCUCGGAUAUGCUCUCACGACCCCCCUGGCCGCCGCUGUGGCGUAUCGGAGUCUCGCUUUCCGGACCGUCGAAGAGGACAAGACGACUUUCAGGAUAUGGAACGCGUGGAUGGUGGGCCUGUACGUCUUGCCGUUGAUACAAGCCCUGAGCCGAUAG